AUGUCUUACUUAAAAAAGCUAGGAAUUUACGGAAUCAGAAGUUAUGGGGAUUAAAACAGUGAAAAGUAUGAAGAAAUAGCCUUCUUUAAACCUUUAACUCUGAUUUUAGGUAACAACGGAGCUGGCAAGUCAACUAUAAUAGAAUGCUUAAAACUAAUCACUACUGGUUCUUUUCCUCCAAACUCUGACAAAGGAAAAACAUUUAUUAAGGAUCCAAGAUUGAUGGGUUCAAAUGAGAGUUAGGGGUCAAUUUCGUUAAUUUUCAAGGCUAUUAAUCAAAAAUAAAUAUUAGUUAGAAGACUAUUCUAGGUAAAAAAAGAAAAGAGUGGAAAAUUUACAUUUGAUUCGAAAGAUGCUACGAUUAAAGUUAGAGAUAAGAAUACAGGAAAGGAUAUCUCUGUAGAUCAUAAAUGUUUAGAAAUUGAAAAAUAAGUCCCACAGUUAUUAGGUGUUAGUAAAGCUGUUUUUGAAAAUGUUAUCUUUUGUCACUAAGAUGAAAGUCUUUGGCCAUUUGGUGACAGUGCAACAUUAAAAAGUAUUUUCGAUGAACUUUUCGAUACUAAACAAUUCACAAAACUUUAAGAAACUUUGCAUAAGUAACAGAAAGAAAUUAAAAAAGAAGCUUCAGAAACGAAAAUUAAUUUGUAGCACUACAAGCAAAGAUAUGAUGAGGCUGUUUCUCAGAAAUAGUUGAUUGCAAAAGAAGCAGAAGAUUUACUCUAAGCUACUGUAGAUCUUGAAAAAAUGAGAAACGAAUAUAAUUUGUUUAAUAAAGGAAUUGAAGAUGAAGAAACAGUCAGAAUAAGGAUAGAAAACUUAAAUAAAGAUAUUUGCAAUUGUAAUUGGAACAAAAAUGAAAUGGAAAAAUAGUAGAAAUAAAUAUUAAGUAGCUGCAGUAGACACUAUUUUUUAGGUGAAGAUAUUGAUACACUAAAAAAAAUAUAAGAUCAUCUUAAGAAAGAAAACUAAGAUUUGAAGAUAAAGAAAGAGGAAAUUGAAGAAAGUAUUGAAACAGAAAAAAGGGAUUUAGAUAAGUUGAAGUAUGAAAUAGAAAAUUUGAAAUCAUCAGAUAAGAAUACUAAAUAAGUUCAUUAAGAUCUCAAAAACAUUAAAUAAAAAUUAAAUGAAAUUAUGCAUAAAUCUAUUGAUUCUGAUGAGAUUAUGCUGAAAGAGGCUAACCAAUAUAAAGAUUAAAUAGAAUCAGAAUAUAAAACAUUAUCAUUUUCUUUAAAAAACUCUGUACAGGAAUAUCAAGAUACUAUUCACUAAACAUAGCAAAAUUUACAAAAACUUUAAGUAAGGUAAGCUGAACUUAAAGAAAAAAAAAAGCACUCUCAAAAGAGAAUUGAAUAGCUUUAAGAAGAAAUUGGAAAACUAAAAUCUUCAAACACUCAAAAAAAUUUAGAAGAGUCAAUUUAAUUAUUGGAGGUGUCUAAAAAAAAUAGUGAACAAUAUAACUUAAAGAUAUAAGAAUACUAAGACUAAAUAGAUAAUAUUAGAUAGCAAAAUUCUGGAUUAGCAAAAUAAAUUGAAAUUAUUAACUCAUAGUCUAAAAUGCAAAGUAAAUAUUUAGAGCUAAAAUAAAUGACAAGCUAGUUUGAUGAAAUAAAUAAAACUAUGGAGGUUUAGCAAAAAGAAUACGAAUAAUAUUAAAUUUCACAAGACGAACAUUUGAGUGAGCAAAGAAAGUAAUGCAUGGGUGAAAUAAGUAGCUUAAAGUAGCAAAAAUCGAAACUUGAGUCAGAAAUUUCGAAAUUAGAAGGUAGAAUAGAGCUAAAUGAAGACAUAGAAACAGCUUUUGAAUUAAAACUAAAUCAAAUAACUUAAACUUUUAAAGAAAGUAAUUUACUCGAUAUUAUUGCUUAAGACAAUAAUGCAGAUUUUGAUACAAAAUACUAAUCAAUUAAAGAAGAAAUAGAAGAAUUAAAAAAUAGCAUUAUUGAAAAGCAAACUUGCUUAUUAAUUGAUAAAUAAGUUCUAAAUUAUUGCACUGAGAAGAAAAAGUGCAAAUUUUGUAAAAGUGAUGUUAAUGAAGAUAAUAUAUCCAAAAUAACUAAAUCCUAAGAAGAUAGAUCAAGAAAAGCAGAAAAAGAUAUACAAGAGCGUAUUGCCCUUAAAGAAUAAAAAAUAUUUGAGAAAAAAUAAUUGAAAAAACUCAAGGAAUAGUACGUUUAGUAUAAUGAAUUGAGGGCUAAAUAAAAAAAGAAUAACUCUGAGAUUAAAGAGAUAUAAAUUCAGGUUAAAGAACUACAAGAGCAAUUAUAAAAUUUAGUCAAUUAACUUAUUAAUAAAGAAGCUCAAUUAGCUAAACUAGAAAAAGCACAUACUAUUUAAAGUGAAAUCAUUAAAACAUAAAGAUAAAUUUAUAACUUGAAGAAUAAAAUUCAGAAAUUUUAAGUUGAAAAUCCUGAAUUACUAAAUAUUGAUAAUUAAAAUAUUAUACCACCAGAAAAAGUUGAAGAAAUCCAUAAAAACUAUAAGCAAAAUAACUAAAGGUUAGAGUCUUUGAACAGCCUGCUUAUUUAAGAAAAUAACAAAAAAGCGAACUCUAAUGCUAGUUUUCAAUAAGCAGAAGUGUUAAGAAAAAACUGCUAAAAUAAGCUAAAAGAAGAACAAGAGCAAAUUCAAAGAAACACAAAAGAUAUUAAAGAUUAUGAAUAAUAAAAUUAAACAUCUCUCACUGAACUAUAAAAUAUUGAAAAAGAUAUAGAAUCAUAAAACAAAUUAUUAUAAGAGCUUAAAAAAAAUGUAAGUGAAUAAACACAAGAGCUUUAGAAAGUUUAAUAAACUUACGACUAAUCCAAAAUACUGAUUGGCGAAUACCUUCCUAAAUACGAAAAGACCUAUACAGAAUAUAAAGAACUUAAGCAAGCCAAAGGAAAGUAAAAAAGUAAAUUAUAAGAAAAUUAAAUCGCUUAAUUAGAAAAGGAGUAUGCUAUCAAGGAAAAAUCGAAAUAAUAAAAUGAAGAAGAACUAGUAAAGAUUAUAGAGUAACUGAAAGAACAGACUGAAGAAUUUGACAAUCUUACAAAAGGUAUCUAAUAUCUAGAACUUGGUGUUUCUAUAUCUUAGGUGGAAAAAGAGUUAGCUCAAAAUGAACAACUUCUCAAAGAAUAGUAAGCAAUUUUAGAGAAAAUCUAACAAUAAACGAGAGCAGGAUAUGAUAAAAUACAAAAAAUAAAAGCUUUUGAAGAAACCUGCAAAUAUAGAAAAUAAGCUUUAGAAAAAAAUUAUGCAGAGGCAAUAGCCAGAUAUGAUCAGGCUGAAGAAAGAUAUUGUAGAGCACUAGUUGAGUUAGAAGUAAAAAAUGGAUUGCUAAAAGACAUCUAAGAAUACUUAGAGGAGCUUGAUAAAACACUAAUUAACUAUCAUAAGGAUAAGAUGGAAUAAAUUAAUAAAUGCAUUGCAGAUACUUGGAAAAAAAUUUAUUAAGGCUAAGAUAUUGUUAAAGUUGAGAUCAAAGCAGAAGAAGCAGAAGGAAGAGGCAAAAAAAUAUAUAACUAUAGAAUUGUUAUGUUUAUCUACGACGAAAAGGAUAAAGAUCUCAAAGAGAUAGAUAUGAAAGGCAGAUGUAGUGCUGGUUAAAAAGUUCUUGCUUCAAUCAUUAUUAGGUUAGCAUUAGCUGAAGCAUUUACUAUGAAUUGUGGUAUCCUUGCACUUGAUGAGCCUACAACAAAUCUUGAUAAGCUUCAUGCCUAAAAAUUGGGAGAGCAACUAUGUGAACUUAUAGAGUCCAGAAAAGGAUAAUCGUCUUUCCAACUUAUCAUAAUUUCACAUGAUAAAGAUUUUAUUCAUUUAAUGUAGCAGAGAUAACAUUGUAGUGACUUCUACUACGUAUAUAAGGAAAAUGGAUGUUCUCUAAUUGAAAGAAGAACUUAUAAAAAUGCUUUGAUGAACAAGUAAACAGAUUGA